UCUCAUCCUAUCACCUGCUGUCUGGAAGGCUCCACCCCCUGCUUCUCCCUGGGGAUUAUCAGAAAAUGUAGCGACAGACACUGGACACAGAGGCAGACAGGAGAAAGGCAGAGCGACAUUAUGCUGCAGAAAGGGACUGGAAGGGAAUGGCACCCAACACUAUGUAGUAAGACAGUGAAGAGGUUGCUUUGUUGUGGCAGAAGCUGUAUAGACUGGAAGGGAAUGGCACCCAACACUGUGUAGUAAGACAGUGAAGAGGUUGCUUUGUUGUGGCAGAAGCUGUAUAGACUGGAAGGGAAUGGCACCCAACACUGCACUGUAAGACAAACCACUGGUGUGGUGUUGCUGUACCUAUUUUAACACCAACCACGCCCCUGGGUCAUGAUCAUUUAGGCCAGUUGUGGAAAAUUAUUGGUGAAUGUCAGUACAGGCACUAAGAAGUUAGUGGCGGCUGCGGCCAUGGGGGGGGUGUCUCUCCUCCUCUUGGCCCGUCACUUCCAGAGGAGGAGAGGCAAGAAGAAGGGAGGCCAGUCCCCACAGUGGGAGCAGAUGGGGGCGUUUGAGUUCUCCGUGCUCCCGGUACUCCAGGGCAAAGACGCUUUCAGACACCAGACUCUCAGUCCGUCUCUCAACUCCCACAAGGCCGAUGGGCCUCUGUCCUGUGGAGGAACUGAUUACAGGAUGUCUGGCUCUCUACAGAGUCUGACCUCGGUGAAAAGCAUCAACUCGUCAUUAUCCUGCACCUGUGCCAUUGACUCCAGCUGCUGGGACCGACCUGGAGAUGAAGACCUGUGUGGUGUUGUCAAUAUCCCCGUCACCACGCCGGAAAACCUGUACCUCAUGGGGAUGGAGCUUUUUGAAGAGGCGCUGAGGCGCUGGGAGCAGGCCCUGACCUUCAGAGGCCGAACAGGGGACGAGGAGGAGGCCCAGUGGACUUCGGUUAAACUGGGUGCUGGAGACGCCAUCGCAGAGGAGGUUGUGGAGGACUUGAUCAGUCCAGACUUUGUCCAUAAGCUGGAGGGUCUUCUCCAGAGGGCGUACCGUCUGCAGGAGGAGUUUGAAGGAGCUCUAGGGAUACCUGGGCCUUCUUCUCACAGCAAUAGUCUCGGCAGCCAUGACCAGGCUUCUGUGAUGUGUGGAGAUGAUCUGGAAGAAGAGGUGUCCUGUCCCAGAGAUUCCAUGAGCAUCGCCUCCAACGACUCAUUCGUGUCCGCUGCAGAGUUGGCAGAGCAGCACAGAGACCAGAGUCACAUCCAGUCUUCUUUGUGCCGCCACUCGUUCUAUGACGAGGCCCUGCGCCUGGCUGAGGAAGGUCAGGUCUCAUGCAGAGUUCCUAGGACAGAGCUGUUGGAGUGUCUUGGAGACACCGACUUCCUGGCCAAACUGCACUGCGUUCGACAAGCCUGUCAGCUGAUUUUGUGCGAGACGACAACGAGAAAGUUUCUGGCCGAAACGGGAAAGAAAGUCCUGUCUUCCAUCAUCCUGAAAGCGUGCAAGAGCCCGAAAAGGUUUGAGGAGGUGUUUGAGGAGAUGAUCGUCUUCCUGGAGCACCAGGAGCAUUGGCAGAACACUGAGGUCGAGCUGGCCACCAGAGGGGUGAAACACCUGAACUUCUAUGACAUUGUGUUGGACUUCAUCCUGAUGGACUCGUUUGAGGACCUGGAAAAUCCUCCCAUGUCCAUCCAGAACGUUGUCAACAACCGCUGGCUGAACGCCUCCUUCAAGGAGACCGCCGUGGCCUCCAGCUGUUGGUCUGUGCUGAAGCAGAAGAGGCAACACGUGAAGGUGCCUGAUGGGUUCAUAGCUCACUUCUACUCCAUCUGUGAGCAGAUCAGCCCUGUGUUGGCCUGGGGCUUUCUUGGACCAAAGACCUCCUUGCACGACUUCUGCUGCUUCUUCAAGGACCAGGUUCUGUCCUUCCUGAAGGACAUCUUUCACCUGGAGAAGGUGUGUUACUACAGUGUGGAGACUCUGGCCGAGGACAUACUCCGCCUCCUCCACCACCGCUCUGAGCUGAUGCUGGCCUAUCUGGGAGCCGACUCCCCCUGCGACGCCUCUCCUCCCUACAGCCUGACUCCCCCUGCGACACCUCUCCUCCCUACAGCCUGACUCCCCCUGCGACGCCUCCCCUCCCUACAGCCUGACUCCCCCUGCGACGCCUCUCCUCCCUACAGCCUGACUCCCCCUGCGACGCCUCCCCUCCCUACAGCCUGACUCCCCCUGCGACACCUCCCCUUCCUACAGCCUGAUUCCCCCUGCGACACCUCCCCUACCUACAGCCGGAUUCCUCCCGUGGUCAUCACCAUGGCCCUAUCACCUCCCUGAACCUCCCUUCUCAGUUAGACCUCUGCCACCCUGAUGGAGGUACACAUGCACUGAUCCUCCCCGUUUUGAACCUCCGGUCCUAGCCUGCUUAUGUUGACCAAUCUGGAGUGACCCCACCUCUCUGAUCCGAUAGGUCUCAGCAACCAGUAUCUAGGGGGUGGUUUGUGAUUGGACAAGAGACUCCAAGCUAGAGGCGGAGUAAUAUGACAAUGAUAGGUGCCUCCUGUGGCCAAAAGGCCAUUUGAACAGAUGGCACCGUUGGGGUCCUUCAUUUUAAUGUCAACUGUGUGAGGCUGACAAAUGUAUUGCCUGUUACUUCCUUGUGACAUGAUUAGUGGUGUCCAACCAAGUCAUUUGCUAUUAAAUUAUCAUUGAAGGA